UUCUAAAGAUGCUGUUCCCCAUAGAAAUUUCCCGAAAUAAUUACAUGAGUAGUCAGAACAACAAGUACAAAUCGGCUGGGCCUUCGCCCAGCCAUAAUUUCACUUGUAAUUCUCGAAGCAGGAAUAUAAAAGAUUACAGAUCAUCGCUUUCUAAGUAUCUGAAGGCUAACCCUGCUAACCUGAGAUUUAACAACAAAGCCAACUUUGAUUUUUGGCAAAAGAGCCAGAUGGAGACACAGCAACCCAGAGCGAGGAAACUAAUCAUGUGCAAAAAUAAAAAUGGGUUCAAAUAAAAGAAUGCUUCAGAGUAUAAAAUUCGCCUCUCCAAUGAGCAAGCAUAUUACCAAGAAUGAUCUAACUGAGAAGUUUACACUGCAGCCUAGUGAAUCCAGCUUUAAGGAUAAAUCAAAAUUCAAAAUUCUUCAGAAUAAGGUAUCCGAAAUUCUUCGGUUAAAUUCACCUAAUGAAAGUUCAAAGUCGAAAUCUAAAAAGCCAAGCCACAAGCAGUUGCCCACAGUAGUAGAUCCCCAUAGCCCGAGCUCGACUGACUUCGACACUGUAUUCCACAGUUUCCAGAAGAUCACCUCUCUGGUCGACCGGAUCUCUAAGAACAGCCAGAAGCCGUUCGGCGGCCAGCUGAAGGGCCCGAAGAUUUCACUACAGAAGGAACUAGAGAAAUUUAGGCACGAAGAAAGCACUCGCAGCGGGAUUUCCAUGACUGGGUUUAGGAAUAAGAUCAAGAACUUGCAGGAAGAGAAAAAGCAUCGAGAUUUGUUUAAUGAACCGGAUAGGUUGCUGUAGAUGGGGUAAUAAAGGAGUGAAGGUAAAUACCCUUUUAAGAAGGAGA